UUUCAGACAGACUGUUUUGCUGCAGUGAACGGUAGCCGUGGAGAGAAGAAAAGGCAAGAAAAACAAGAAGACAGCGGAGGACAGAACGAGUACCAAGACAGACAGAUCCACUGGGACCUUAGCGCGAGCGCCAGCAGGCAUAGACGGGUCCGACACUCCAGAACACACGGAGACGACGGGCAUCACAAGGAGCGCAUAUAUCGGGCUUCGGUGAGCUUCUUCACUUCUCCGUGCCUCGAGAGGACUAUUGGGUUUGACGUACGGACGGAUGAGCGUGACGCGCGCGCGUGACAGUAUGGCAUUCCCGUCAAUCCAACGGUCCGCUUUCAGGGCACUCGUGGCCUUUACGGUGCUUCUCGCUACCUCUGUUCGGAGCAACGACGUUAACAACAACGAUGAGGAACUUUUCCAGCCAGUGACCCAAGAUGAGACAGUGGCAGUGGGCGGAACAGUGACCCUGACCUGCAACGUAAAGGAAAACGAUAACUCCUCUCUCCAGUGGUCAAACACGGCACAGCAAACCCUGUACUUCGGAGAGCAGAGAGCACUGAGAGAUAACCGUAUCCAGUUGGUGAAGUCCACGGCCACAGAACUGAUAAUCACCAUUGCAAAUGUUCAGCUGUCAGAUGAUGGAGACUACACAUGUUCCAUCUUCACCAUGCCUGUACGGACUGCACGGGCCACCGUUACUGUACUUGGUGUUCCAGGUAAGCCUGUGAUAACAGGUUUUGAAGAUGCUGUUCAGGAGGAUAGCAAAGUUAUUCUCACCUGUACCAGUUCAGGCAGCAAACCUCCUGCUAAACUACACUGGUACCGAGAUAAUGAGGAGCUACAAGGCCGUCCUGAUGUAGUGGAAUCCAACCCAGAUGAACCGACCUACACAGUAACCAGCGAGCUCACCCUCACUGUCACCAGGAAUGAUAACAAUGCUAUGAUCGCCUGUGUGGUGGAUCACCCAUCCAUCGCCAAUGGAGACAAGAAGACAGAGCAGCCACUCAGCGUCUUGUUUUCUCCAAGUAUAUGGAUUCAGCCUGAGAGUGACCUGCCCAGAGAAGCAGAGAAGUUUUACCUGCAGUGUGUGGGGAACGGAAACCCAGAACCAACUGCAUUCGAGUGGGAAAAAAAAGACGGAGAGCUUCCCCCACUGGCGAAGGUGGAUGGUGCGUUCUUGCGCUUUGAAUCUCUCAACAAGUCGGAUAAUGGCGUUUAUCGGUGCCAGGCUGAUAACGGGAUCGGCAAGGGGGAGGGAUCAUACACACUCCUGGUGCAAGAUCUAAGAGAUCCAGACCUCCUCAUCCUCAGCUCUCCUCCUCCUCUUUUCCAUUCAUCCUCUGUUUCUCCUACAUCUCCUCCUUAUCCCUCCAUUUCAGCUUCCACGGAGGGUAAAACGUACCCUUCUCCCUCCUCUUCCACCUCUGUCCCUACGUUCACUCAAUCCAUCACUUCUACUCUUGCUCCUUCACCCACUACCUUUCCCUCUCUCCCUCCUUCUCCUGAAAUUCCCACCACCUCUUUUUCCAACGCUCUCUUCCCUGAUCUCUCUCUUCCGCCCUCCUCUGUUCCUGCUCACACCCCUCCGUCACCCCCCUUAUCACCUCCCGUCACUCCUUCAUCUGUCCCCCAGCUGAAUGGAGUGUACACCUUUACAGAAGCCGGAGAGAACGCUGCAGACCCCACAGUGAUGUCCACCCCCUCAGGAGUAGACCAUGCAGUGAUCGGUGGAGUGGUUGCUGUCAUUGUCUUCAUCAUGCUUUGUCUCCUCAUCGUCCUCGGCAGAUACUUAAUCAGACAUAAAGGUACAUACCUGACUCAUGAGGCGAAAGGUUCUGAUGACGCUCCUGAUGCAGACACAGCCAUCAUUAACGCUGAGGGCGGCCACUCUGGGGUAGAUGACAAAAAAGAGUACUUCAUCUAGAGAUCAAUCCCUCCGUACCCUCUUCCUUCUCACGCUUCAGUUCACUCAGCCUGACAGGGGAUGACAGAAGAAAGAGGGAAUAUGUGAGAGAGAAAAAAAAACAAAGUGUUGACCUGUUGGAACUGAAGAACCUCAAAUAAGCUUCAACACGCAAAACAGGGAAGUGAGAGUUAUGCACUGAUGUUUGGGGCUCAUUUUCUCACACACACUUACACACAUGGGUUCAUACAACUUACAUAUACACACACACUCGCCAUGUCUGCAUUGCCAUAAUCACACAUGAGCAAACACACAUGACAAACCUUAAACAAUAAAAAAACGUACAUAAAGGCAAUAUGACAGUGACCACUCCUCGCUCAUCUCCACUGAUUCCUUUGAAACGGUGCAGAUCAAACACACAAGCGCUGUGGCACAUGCACACAGUGACGUACAUACAUGAACUUUCUGCAACCAAAACCGUUGAAAAACACACUGAACAACAAGCAACUUAAAACUAAAGACAAAAUUAAAAUAAACAUGCACACACACACACUCAUAAAUCACCCCAAUGUUACACACUCAUACACAGACCUACUUACUACAUACUAAAUACCUAAAUACAUGCAAACUAUUACACACACAGAACACCCAGGCAAAGACAGCAGCCCCUGCAGUCAUUGUGCGGGACCCCAAUAUAAAUUUAUAAAUACAUAUAUAUUAUAUAUGAUUAUAUAGCAUCAUUUUUACUCAGUGUGCUGUAAAUAUACCCUCCUUCUCUUUAUCUCUCUCUCUCUGAUAUUGUGGUAUAUACUCUCUGAGCCUGCCUGGUUUUCUUACAUGCGUAGAAAUGCCGAGUUGAUUAAAAAAAAUAUCUGGACUAUAGGAAAAAAAAAGAAAAAAAAAACGUGGUGUUAUGAAACUUCAGAAAUAUUUGUUUGAAUUAUGCUCUUAUCUCUUCAAGUUCAUUUCUGGUGUUUACUGUUGGUGCAACAGUCUAGUGUCAUUAGCACAUCAGCCUGGGAAGGUAUUAUUAUUAUUAUUAUUAUUAAUUAUAAUGAGGUUCCACCUCCUUUAUCAGAAUGCAAUGAUUGUUUUUUUGUUUUGUUUUGUUUGUUUUUUGUAUCAGUUCAAGUGAUUAGCUCACUCACGCCACCUUCAGGAAUAAAUCAGUUCUGUUCUUCAGUAGCAGGUAAUUCAGAAAAAGCAGGGUAACACAAACAAUACUGCUCUUCAUCUCUCUCUCUCUCUCUCUCUCUCUCCCUCUCUCUCUCUCUCUCUCUGUCUGAUCAACCCUCCAUAUUUCCACACCUUUUCUGUCUCUUUUGUUCUUCGUCUGCUGCUCCUCUCUGCCCCAAAAGAUCCAGAUUUUUCCAGCCUUGUACCGUCAGUGGCCACAGGCCAUGGUGGUUUUGGAGGAGGCUUAAGGGUUGAGUCGCUUACACCACGCAAUAAACAGAGACAAACUUGUCCAGUAUUAAAAUAAAUUGACUAAUCGUGUUUGUUUAAUGACAAAUUUGGAGUAUUUAAUCUGUCAUGUAUUACUUAUACAGCAUGGAGGAGAUCCAGCAGGCUGUUCCUUCUUCAGUGCUAAUCAGGUGACUCUGGUCUCUCUGUCUUUCCUUUUGCAUAGCUAUUUACUUGAAGGAGAGGGUCAGAGCUGUAGCCUACUGGUUAGUGCACAUGCAACAUAUUGAGCUUUGGUGCUCAUGUGGGCAAUGCACUUUGGCAUUGGAUAUUUCCAGAUCCGUUUUCCUCCUCUCUACCCAUCAAUUCUUGUUCUAAACAGUGCAAAUGACCAAAAAUAAAAUAAUAUUUACAUAAAGGAAAGGAUUGUUUCUCUAGAAUUGUGAAACCGGGACCAAGAAGCAGAGGUGUAGUUGCUAACUACUGUAGGAAAUCAAGUAGGCAUGAAAAUGGCCUAUUGAAGCACACAUCACAAUUCUGUAUAAAAUUACGUCUGCCCCAUUUAUAGAAGCUAAGUAUCGUUAUGCUGUUUCGGUUAUGUUUUUGUUCGCGUGGUGGGACAGGUUUGGUUGCCAUGGCAACAAUCAUAUAGAGUGUGUGUGUGUAGGUCACAAAAAGGCAACUGAUCAAUUACAACAAAAAACCCGUCCUCUGCCUUCAGUCUCCCUCCACAUACCUUAUUAAUGCCUGCAGACAAUACAUUUCUGAGAUAAGCUGUUGCAAUCGUCUGCCACAAGAUGGCGUUAACGCAAUUCAUUCCCCCACACGACUUUCUCUCUCUCUCUCUCUUUGUCCUUUUCAAGCAGUAGAACUUCCAGUUAGUGAUGAAUCCAUUUUUAAAUUAUGUUGUUUACUUUUAUUCUGCUGUAGAUGUGUAAACUGUUGUUUGCAAUCUUAUGUUCCAUUCUGGGGGUUUUUCUUCUUCAUUUUGUAUGAGUAGAUGUCUUAGACUGGAAGGUGUAGAUAAAAGUUUCCAUGACUUAUGUUUUGUUUUAUAAUCUGACAUUUUUUAAAACAACUUCAUGUAAUUAGUGUUGCCUUGAAAAUGUUUUAAUACGCACUCAGUUGAGCAAAGUCACUGGCACACAGAUGUAUGCGUGUGCAUGUGUCUGUGUUUGUGUGUGGAAGACUCUCACGCCGGCCCAUCAAACAGAUGCAGGAAACAAUAAAAGUAUUAUUACAUUCUGUUUAAUGAAGUUAUGUUAGAUUAAUUUUUGAAAGAUAAGUCUUCCUUUUGCAUAAAUAUUCAUAUCAUGUGGAGCUAAUUUGUUAUAUAUGUUGGUUUGUAUUAUGGCCAAUGAUGUCAUCUAAAUGGGACUAAACUCUGAGGUCAUCAUCAUUGUGGGUUCCGUUUGUUUGAUGGUCUGUUUAGACAGUAUUCACUUUUUGUUACAAAAAAGAGAUCCCUUGUUAACUUCAAAAUAAAUAUACA